UGGAAUGCAGGAAAUGAAUUAUGCUCGCAGGCAUUUAGAGAGGAAACUUAGGAUUAAUUUCUUUCAUAUUCGAUGGCAACAAUUCAACGUAUAAGUUGUUACCUAUUGAGAGAUACUAGUUUAAAAAUGUGCACUUAAUUUUCUAAAACAUGAGAGACUGAAGGAAUGCAGGGCACAUGGACCGAAUAAUCAUGUUACUUGUACUUUUACCUCCAACAUCCGCUUCAUACGAUUCAGGUCACUCUUUGUGGUUGUUUUCAACUUACAUUCAGGGAAAAACACAAUUUCCUGAAUUUAGUUACACAACAUCUUUGGAUGACAUCACAGUUGGAUACUAUAAUUCAACGACAUAUAUUCCAAGAGGGAAUAUGACUAAUGAGGAUGAUGUGGUUAAUUCAGGUUACAUAAAGGGCAUAAGUGACUACAUGUAUGACUCCUUUUUGAGAAGAUCAAAACUGUUAAGGAAAGACAGCCAAAAUGACAGUCUUGAAGUUUAUCAGACACUGGUUGUCUGUGAGCUGCCGGAUCUUAACAAUACUGGAAAGAUGCUUACAAAAGAUGCUGCCAGAGGCUGCACCACAGAUGAGCUCUGUUACUUUAACAACACGUUUACUUAUAAAGUGAUUUUAAAUAUUUCACAAGAUGUGCUCAAACCUCACCUUGAAGAAUUCAAACUGAAAUAUAAGAAGUUCUAUCAACCAGUUUGUAUAAGUACUCUCAAGAAUUACCUCAAAAAAAGACAAAAUGAACUAAAUAGAAAGGAAGCACCAAAUAUCAGAUUUUUUCAGAAAGCAAACUCAGAUUCUGGAGGGUUUCGUGGGAUUUGUUUGGCAACAGGAUUUUACCCUCGUCACAUCAACCUGACCCUGUUCAGAGAUGGACAGCCUGUAUCUGAUCAUGAGAUCACUGGAGGAGAUCUGCUGCCCAAUGGUGACGGGACGUACCAGAUGAGGAAGAGUCUGGAGAUCAGUGCAGACAAACACAAAUACACCUGCUCUGCCACACACCUCAGUCUGGACAACAAACUGGACAUUGAAUUAGAAUUUGAUCAUGGUGUCCCAUUUAAGGGUUCUUUAGUUUUGGUUCUGCUGUUGGUGUUUGUGGCUGGAGCUGGAGCUGGAGUCGUCAUAUAUAAAUACAGGAGGAGACGAGCUGGUGGGACAAGAACUGAAAUGAAUGGUGAAUCAUCCAUUUCUUCAUCAAACUGUGAUUAUUCUGCUGCUUCUAAUGCUGACACUGUCUUAUAGUCAUCUGAAGACAUCCAUCCAUUUUGUUUAUCCAUUUCAGACCAACACGUGGAGGAAUAAUAACCUCAGAUUUGUUUAUUUACGCCAUCUGAGCCGAUGCAAUAUUUGCUUUUAAUAAGCUGUGAGAUUUUCAAUUGAGAUGAGAGAAUAACACUAAAGUAACAGCAGACUGUUUCUCCUUAAAGUGUAAAUAUGUUUAAUAAAAAAAAGUAAAAAUUCAAAUAGCGAUUCACAGGAUAGUUUUGUUAAUGUAUAUUUUAUAAAACAUAAAACCAAAACAAAAUGGCAUUGCCUCAUCCAUACUCCAAGAUUUGGGAAACUCCAAAACGUAGGUUUUAAAGGAAUUCUAUACAUUACAGUGUAUUUUAUUGUUAAAAUGAGUAUUUAUUAUGUUGCUGGGUCUAAUAUUGUUACUAGAUUGUGUUUGCUGUUUUGCAUUGGAGUUUUCUAUUGGGAAUCUGUGUACCGAUAUAAUGUGCCUGUGUCAUGUUUUUUUGUAUUUUUAUUGAUUUCUUGAUUGCACUGGAUGACGGGGGUACUAAAUUAAAAAUUUUGAUAUUUUGUUUAAA